UUUAUUUCGCGAUUGCGUAACGGGAUAAUUAAACACAUUUUCAAGUAGCCUCUCGAGAAAUAGGUCACCAUUUACACUUUCGCUAUGAUAAUUCAUGCUUUUUUACGCCCGGUUGCUCACGCUCAAAACAUUCCACCGCAGAAAACAAUCGUGACCAAUGAUUAUAUCAACGCGAGGAUUGACGCUACCACAGGAUCUAUUCGUGAAAGAAACUUUUGCGAUCGGAGAAACGUUAUCUUUUCCAACAAACCGUUAGCAGCAAAACGUCAGACUUUUUAUUAUCGACAUAAUCAACAUUACCAAGCAACAACUAUGCGCCUUCGCAAUUUGCACCGGUUUGAUGACGCUGCAUCGAGAAUGCAUUUCAUGCGGCGCUAUUCUUCGAACAGUGGGAAUGUUUGCGGUAUCAUCGAAACAAAGACUGCAAUAUCUUUUAACGUGACAACUAUAGAGAAAAAUAGAUAAAGAGUUUAUUAACCUUCACCGUGUAUACAUUUUUUUAGUAGCCGUUUAAGUAUA